UACAACAAUCGCAAGUAAUCAAUGAUAAGAAAACGAGCCCAAAUACAUCUGUGAUAAAUUAGGUAUAAAAGAAAACCAUUCCAGCAAUAAGUCGCAUAUCGAAAAAAAUGUUUCCCUAUCGAGGUCUAAUUGUUCUGAUCGCACUUUGUGCUUUUGGUGCUAUUCAAGCAUCAUACGAAGCCGAGGAGUUUGAAAGCUUCAAACACCAUGGACACCACAAUUCGUCGAACUCUACAGGUCAUGGUCCUUCUGGAAACCACAGCCACCCACAUCACCCAGGACACAACAGCUCCCACCCUUCUGGUAACCACACUCACCCUCACCAUCCAGGACACAACAACAGCUCCCACCCUUCUGGUAACCACACCCACCCCCACCAUCCCGGACACAACAGCACUCAUCCUGCUGGCAACCAAACUCACCCACACCAUCCAGGUCAUCCAGGUCAUCCAGGACAUCCAGGUCACCCAGGUCACCCAGGGCACCCAGGACAUCCAGGACACCCAGGUCAUCCAGGACACAACAAUGGCACACACCCCGCUGGAAAUCAAACCCAUCCCCAUCAUCCUCCUGGCAACCAUAGCAACCCCCAUCACCCAGGAAAUUCCAACUCAAGUCACUGGCAGGUUCCUGAAGUAGAUAGCCCCCUACACCAUGGAUUUAGACCACGCCCUAUUCCACAUGGACUUCUCCCAAUUCCAAUUGAACCUCGCCCAAUUCCAAGCGAAGAUCGCCCAGUUCCAAUUCCAAGUGAAGCUGAAACUGCACCAGAAUGGAGGGCAUUCUUUUUCAACCGACGUCCAUCCAACAACUCCAGGCCAAUCCAUCGCCCAGCAGUAAAUGGAUCAUGGUAUCGCCCAUCAAACAACUCUUGGUCGUUUUGGGGAUAAGCUGAGCAAAAAAUGAAAGUGCAUAUAUUAUGAACUAAAUGUUUCGUUUUGAUGUACUCAAAUAAAUUUUGAUGCAAAUUUAA